UUCUUCAAUAACAAAACAUUUCAGAAAUUUCGGUCAUUUUUCGUGUAAAAAUCCAGACAGAUAAUGUCCUCGGGUCAGUUUGAAAAUGACGAGGUGUCUAUGGUCGAUGUGUUGGCGGAAGACAACGAGUUAGAAGAAGAAGCUAAUGCAGUAUUUGGCGACAGCGAUGAUCAAAAUUGUACUUAUGACAAGGGUUAUGUAAGACGACAAGCACUCUAUGCGUGCCUAACCUGCACACCAGCUACACCUGAAAAUGAUUCAGCAGGCGUCUGCCUGGCCUGCAGCCUUUCCUGUCAUGAUGGUCAUGAACUGGUGGAGCUUUAUACCAAAAGGAAUUUUCGUUGUGACUGUGGCAACGAGAAAUUUUCCAACUUUGAAUGCAAAUUGCAGAAGAACAAGGAUGCUGUAAAUGUACAAAAUAGAUACAAUCAGAACUUCAAAGGUCUUUAUUGUUCAUGUCAUCGACCUUACCCAGACCCUGAUGAUGAGAUUGAAGAUGAAAUGAUACAGUGUAUCUCAUGUGAAGAUUGGUACCACUCAAGGCAUCUUGGUAGUCUACCACCAUUCGAUGGUGACUUCAGUGAGAUGAUAUGUGACCAAUGUAUGAAGAAAAGCAGCUUUCUGCAAGCGUAUCUACCACAUUCGGUACCAAACCAACAGAUUUGCACCAUUAAGAAAAGUGAUACCAAUGAAAAUGUGGAUAUUGAGGGUAUCAAAGAUGUGACAGAAAAGACUGCAGAUAGCAUGUCCUCCACAGCCAAUAUUGUUAAAGCCAGUCCUGGAAAAAAGACAUCACCCGAAAAAGCGCCAAAGAGAAAAUUGAGCGAAAAUGCUAAUGGAAAGCAGGCUGACAUUCUCGGUGAAACAUCAUCCAAAAAAAUAUGCCAAGAUGAAAAUGACAGCAAGGAGAGUGCUGAGAAAAGCAACGACUCUGACAGUUGUGUCUAUCAGAAGCUUCUUGAAAAUUUACAAAAGAAAGCUGAAUGCACUUACUGGAAAAAUGGGUGGAGGUCAAAGUUGUGCGAUUGCCAGUCAUGCAAGGAUAUGUACAAAGAGCAAGGUGUUGAGUUUCUAAUGGAUGACUCAGAUACGAUAAUAGCGUAUGAGGAUCGUGGUCAGUCUCGAAGAGAUCAGCAAUCCACUUCAUAUGAUUCCAGUUUGAAUGCAUUAAACAGUCUUGGCAGGGUACAGCAAAUUGAGAUUCUUCAUGGUUACAAUGAUAUGAAGACACAGCUGACAAGUUACUUGGCAGACUUUGCUAAGGAGGGGAAGACUGUCACAAAAGAAGACAUCCAAAGCUUCUUUCAAAAACUUCAAGACAAAAAGAAAAAAGACUCUGGAAACAUUCCACAUUACUGCAGAUGAUAAACAUAUUCAAUUAUUGUUCAUAGACAUAGUGGUAUUUAUAGUUUAUGCCUAAAAAUCAGAUAAAACAUAGAAGAUUAUAUCAUAGUAUUAUGUCUCAACUUGAUAAGUUUCCCCAAAUUUAGAACCUGCCUUUCAAUAAUAAGAAAUUUUCAGUUUUAGGUCACUAUAUUUUAUAUGUAAUUAUGUAUAACAUUCUGUUGACUGCUUUAGAUGUUUAAAGUCAUUUGCAAGCGUUGUUAAUUUCAAUUUUGUUUCCCAGAAAAUUCUUCCCUGUAAUAAACACUUGUUCCAUUGUUAUUCACAGAAAUUGUAGUUGUGACCAAAAAAAAUC